AGUGAAAUCAUGACCAGGUAAAAAACCUAUUGUCACUGCCAAAUUACAAAUAUGCUUUAAGUAAUUAACGAUUAGGAAAAAAUUCGAAAUUUGAGAUGAGUUCGAGCACGGUGGCUCUAAAUGGCACCUACACAGCAGAGGAUACAGCCUUUCAAGCAACCCCUUCAAAAUUUCAAGAACCUAAACCGCCCAUUCUGCUUGUUGCUUCUAUGUGGCUAUUUCAAUCCAUUUUUUCCGCAUGUAAAAUGGAGAUAACUGGAAAUAUUCAAGGAGUUUCAAUAUCUUUCAAUAUGCAGGACGUAGUGCUGAUAGUUUUUACAGCCUGGAUGUUACACAAAGGAUUAUCCACGCGAAAUAUAGCUUUCAUCUUUCCUUGGGUGGUGGUAACGCUUUACGGCCUGUAUUUUAACCAUUACAAGAGUUUAAGAAGAAUGAUGCUUAUUUUGAAAACAGUGCGACAAACCACAGGCCUGCCCUGGCUUGCCUUAUUUCUAACUUCCAUUGGAUUAGGCCUUCGAGUGAUACUGAUUUUAAGAACGCUACAACUAUCCGCUAAUCUGUGGUACCGAAGAAAGCUAGAAAAAGAACUGUAUGAAACUCUAAACUGAAGUUAAUUGAGUGUCUAAAUAAACGAAAAUGUCCGAUGAAAAA